AUGGCCGACGCGAAUUUGCCCUUCAUCCGCAACCUCGCGUCAAGCGCCUCCUCCCAGUCCUCCUCCCAGUCCUCCUCCAGCGCCGGCGCCGUCCACCCCGACUGCGCCGACGCCUGGAUGUCCGCCUUCUGGCAAGUCCACGCCGCCGAAUGGACCACCGGCAUCGACGUCCUCCGCAUGGAAAAAUUCCUCCUCCUCGUCCGCCGGUUUCUCUGCGCCUCCUUUUCCUGGGUCCGCGCCUCCGCCUACGAUCCCGCCCGGGCCCGGGCCCUCCUCUCCGUCCUCGCCGACUGGCCCCUCACCACCGACCGCGGCCUCGACGCCGUGCCCCUCGGCCUCCGCCUUCACGUCCUCGACGUGUGGGUCGACGAGCUCGAGAGGGCUGGUGUGCUCGCCGACGCUGCCGGCGGUGACGACGAAAACGACGAGACCUCGCCCGUGGACCCCGCCAAGGCUACCGCCCUCGUGGACAGCGUGGGUGCCCUCGUUCGCAUCCUGACCAAGGACGUCCCCAGCAAGCCUUUGCGGACCAAGGCGUCCAACUCCCUCGAUGACGAGAGGUUGCCGUGGUACAAGGCUCCCAAUGCUGCGGAUGAAGAAGGGGAUGAUGAUGGGUGGGCGGGAUUCCAGGAUUAA